UUUAAUAUUGUAUUUAAAAAACAAAUACAUUUCAAACACUCAUUCAUUUAAUAAAAACAUUUUCCGAUUAUUGAUCACUAGUUUGAUCCGAAAAAAUGGCUACAUUUGUGAACAUAUGUCGCAGAUAUCAGACGAUUGUGAACCAGAAGACCAAUACUGUGGUCAACAUUGAUCUGAACUCAACUGUUGACUCAUUGUCUCAAUUGGUGUCCAAACAAUUGGAUUUGUCUGAAGACAUGUUUGAUUUGAUUUGUUUCGGACAACUACUAACUGCCGAUCAAAUACUCAACUCAUACGGCAUUAAAAACGGAACCAUUGUUUAUGUCAUCAAUAAAACACAUUUGAAUCCGACGACAAACAGUCCAACUAAUAGUCAAUCGAUGGACACGAAAACGCCAACCAAUCACUCAGAAAUUCAUCAAAUGAUUAUAGCGUUACGGAUGGCUCUUCCGAAUCCAAAGUUUCGGCAAAUGUUGGAUAAGUUAAGUGAAACUGAGUUCAGAGAGAAUCUGAUUGCAGUGACGCCAGGACUUCGAGAAGAUCCGACAACUUUCGCAAUAUUACAAGACAUGGAUCUAUUAGCAACAUUAACUGAACCAACCAAUAUUCAUAAAGUAUUAGCCAAACAUCCGUGUCUUUUAGAGGCCACGUUGUUUUUAGCGGCCACUUUUCACGAGGAAAAUAUUGCUAAUGAGUCGACAGGCGGACCGUCUAAUCUUGAUUUAUUGGGUCGACCUCCGAGUUAUUCAUUAGACGCACCGAUCGAUGACGACAGUGAUGACGAACCGAUGGACAGUCAGGAGUCGGCCAGUAAUUCGAGCGCAACCGCCCAACGGAUUGCUGAUAUGAUGCUUCGCGCUUAUCAGACAUCAAGAAAUAGAGACAAUCAAUCAUCAAAUCAAUCAAAUUCAUCCGGUAUUAUAACUCAAGAUAUGUUGAGCCAAGCUUUGCGACAGUCAAUACAAGCGGCGCCCGUGAAUGAGUCACAGCCCUCGACCAGUACAACUCAAUCAACCGCUCAGCGGCUCAGGGGUUGGGCCACACAAUUGCAACAAAUGAGAGAUUUGGGUAUCAAUGAUGAUAUUGUUGCCAUUCAAGCUUUAGAGGCAACUAAYGGUGACGUCCAGGCGGCCAUUAAUAUUAUUUUUAGUGAUAAUAAUUAA